AUGGCUGUUAGACACGACGUGCAUAGCCAUGCCCACGAAGAGGGCGUCCCGGGCACCGUCAACCUCCAAGCCCGCGAGGGCGAGGAGACGCACUACGGCCAGGCGCUGUUCCCGGUGCCCUCGGCGGACCCCAACGACCCGCUGCAAUGGCCUCGCUGGAAGAAGCACGUCAUCCUGUUCUUAUGCUGCGCCUUCUCCUUCCUCGGCAACUCCGCCCUGAUCGGCCCCAGCACCUACAUCGGCCCGUGGGCCGCUGAGUUCGGCAUCGACACGAACACGGCCGCGGGCCUUGUCAACUACCCGAACCUGGUCUUCGGCUUCGGCAACUUCGUCCUAAUUCCGCUGUACCGCAAGAUCGGCCGCCGCCCCGUCAUGCUCAUGGCCUUGCUCGCCUAUGCCGCCGGCGUGAUUGGCGCCGCCGAGGCCACCACCUUCUCGGGCCUCAUGGGCGCCCGCAUCGUGCACGCCUUCGGUUCCGGCGUCUGCGAGGCCCUGCCCGUGCAGCUGGUCAACGACAUCUUCUUCCUGCACGAGCGCGGCAAGAAGCUGGGCUGGUACACCAUCGCGCUCUGCCUCGGCGCCACCGGCCCCAUGUUCUCGGGCUUCAUGCUCAACGCCGGCUACUCGUGGCACCUCUUCUUCUACGUCGAGUUCGCCUUCGCCGGCGCCCUGCUCAUCCUCGCCUUCCUCUUCGUCGAGGAAUCCAUGUACUUCCGCCAGCCGCUGCCGCCGCCCUCUUCCUCCUCCGCGACCGGCUCCGGCAGCGACCUGCCCCCGCCCGCCGCCGCCGCCACCACGACCACCACCAUCACCGCCGACAAAGCCUACGAUUCCGUCUCCCACCACGAACGCGAACUGUCCUCCUCCACGUCCAUCCCCCCGCGCAAGACCUUCCUCCAACAGCUGCGCCCGUUCGGCGCCGUCGACCCGGCGCCGUGGUCCAACUUCUUCCUGAUGCAGGCGCGCUCCUUCACCUACCUGCUCGUGCCGUCGACCUUCUGGGUGAUCACGACGUACGGCAUCUACAUCGGCCUGUGCGGCUUCUCGUUCAACUUUGUGUUCCCGCUCAAGAUCGUGGCGCCGCCGUACAACUGGCCCGAGACCAACUCGGGCCUGUCGGCGGUGGCGACGCUGGUCGGCUUCGCGCUGGCGGUUCCCUUCGUGCCGGCCAGCGACCGGCUGGCGGCCCGGCUGACCACGCGCAACGGCGGCAUCCGCGAGGCCGAGAUGCGCCUGGGCGCGCUGCUGCCCGCCGCCCUGGUCGCGCCCGCGGGGCUGGUCAUCUUCGGCAUGGCCGCCGCCCGCGACCUGCACUGGAUCUGCUACUUCCUCGCCAUCGGCAUGACCCAGUGGGCAGGCUACUUCUACUUCACGCUGACGCUGGCCUACGCCGUCGACUCGCACAAUGCGAACCUGUCCGAGCAGCUCAUCAUCGUCAGCCUCGGCAAGCAGGCCCUCAGCUUCGGCUUCAGCCUCGAGCUGCUGCAUUGGGUGCUGGCGCACGGCUACGUCCCCAUCAUCAUCGGCGCCUUCGUGCCCGUCUUGGUGGUCAACAACCUCAUGGUCGUCGUCUUUAUGAUCUGGGGCAAGCGCAUCAGGGUCGCUAUGGCCGGGUCGUGGCUCGCCAGGUUCCAUGCGAAGACCGUGGUGGCGGGCGAGAGUCACUAGUCAUCAGAAAGGCGUGUCUCCCUAUCGAAUUCUCUACUUGCUUGGUUAGGUUUACCUUUUCUCUGAGCUAGUUCACUUUCCGUCAUUGACAAAUGCGUCGAGGGGAGCAGAUGAC